AUGCAGCUCUCUUCCAGUGUGGCUGAACUCAGCUGUGACGAGACGAUGGACCCACCCGCUGAGGACUUCCAGCAGGUCCUGUCCAUCGACCAAAUCCGCUCCAUCCGUGCCAGCAACAACUACGUGGAGAGACCGGCCAUCUGCUUCCAGCAAGCCCGCUCCAACCCGUCCCUGUCGCAGCCACCGCACAAGCAAGAGUGGUCCCAGGACCGCCUGGUGUCUUCCACCUUCCAGGACCUGCACCGCAGCCACAGCCAACAGCACCAGAUGCCACCUCUGCAGCCCCCACCCAGCUCCGUCUCCCAAAGCACCACCGCCUCCGACCAGCGCCUCCUGAGCAGCCUCACGCCUUCCCACUCCGGGCACUCCCUCAUCCGGACGCAGCCCCGGGCCGGCGAGCUGAAACCGGAGGAAUCGCCGCUGAAGGGGGUGGCGGAGAAGCCCACCCUCCACACCGGCCACCUCUUCAUCUGCGAGGAGUGCGGGCGAUGCAAGUGUGCCCGCUGCACGGCCGCCCGCAGCCUGCCCUCCUGCUGGCUCUGCAACCAGCGCCGCCUCUGCUCCCCCGACAGACUUGAGAGCCUCCUCGACUACGGGACUUGCCUCUGCUGCGUCAAGGGUCUCUUCUACCACUGCUCCACCGACGACGAGGACACCUGCGCCGACGACCCCUGCUCCUGCGGGCCGGGGUCCUGCUGCGCCCGCUGGGCUGCCAUGAGCUUCCUCUCUCUCCUCAUGCCCUGCCUCUGCUGCUACUUUCCUACCCUGGGGUGCCUCAAACUUUGCCAGCGGGGUUACGACGGUCUGAAACGACCCGGCUGCCGCUGCCAGAGCCACACCAACACGGUCUGCAGAAAGAUCUCCUCCUCCAGCGGCACGCCUUUCCCCAAGACGCUGGAUAAGCCGGUAUGA